UUCUGGUGGGUGCAUGGGUUUUUCGUUUUUAGCUGGAACUGCUUUUUAACCAGUGUCUCUUCUCCUUUCCUCUUCUAUCCAUUGCCCCACGAUGGAUUUUGGUGCCUCACCUGUGUGGGUGGCCUUGUUGUCUCAUCUCUGGCGCCAUCAUGACAACAGAAAAGAGCCCAGCAGCCGACACUGACAGCUCGGAGCAGCAGCAGGCCAAGGAGGACGAAGGGGCUGCUGAAACACAGAAGCAAGAGGCUUCCCUGGAGGAAGGGGCUCAGCCAAGACCAGAGAGCCAGCCCCAGCGGCAGAAGGCCUCCAACGGAGACACCCCCACGCACGACGAGCAGGGCAAGAAGGAGCGCCGCGCCUCUGAGGGCCGCGGGCUCUCCCGCCUCUUCUCCUCCUUCCUGAGGAGGCCCAAGGCUCAGGUAUCUGAAGAGGACAAAGACACUGAUGCUCCUAAAGAGGCGGGAGGUGAGCAAAAAGACGCAGGGUUAGGAGCCAGCCCUGAUGAAGACAUCCUGGUGAAAGCCCCGAUUGCAGCUCCUGAGCCUGAGCUCAGAACUGACCCGUCGCUUGAUCUCCAUUCCUUGAGCAGUGCAGAAACGCAGCCUGCUCAGGAGGAGAGGAGGGACUACCAGGAGCCAGAGGGAAGAGACCUUGAGGACAGAGAAGAAGGGGAAGCAAGGGAAGAGGGUGCCAAGCCAGAACCGAAAACAGAGGCUCUGGAGACUAAAGCAGACAAGGAUUUGAAAGCUGCCCAAAAAACAGUGAAAAGACACAGAAGCAUGUACUGCAAAGUCGUCUUGCUGGAUGACACCAUUUUUGAGUGUUCUGUGGAUAAACACGCCAAGGGACAGGAUCUACUUAAAAAAGUUUGUGACCACCUCAAUCUGCUGGAAGAAGACUACUUUGGUUUGGCCAUAUGGGACACACCAACCUCCAGGACGUGGCUGGAUCCUGCCAAAGAAAUUAAAAAGCAAGUUCAUGGAAGCCCCUGGGAUUUUACCUUCAAUGUCAAGUUUUAUCCACCAGAUCCUGCCCAGCUAACAGAGGACAUCACCAGGUAUUACCUGUGUCUGCAGCUUAGACAGGACAUCCUUACAGGGCGGCUGCCCUGCUCCUUUGCCACCUUGGCUCUGCUGGGUUCCUACACGGUCCAGUCAGAGCUGGGAGACUAUGAUCCUGAUCUCCAUGGCCCAGAUUACAUCAGUGACUUCAAACUGGCCCCAAACCAGACUAAAGAGCUUGAAGAAAAGGUUGUGGAACUUCAUAAAACAUAUAGAUCCAUGACUCCAGCCCAAGCAGACCUGGAAUUUCUUGAGAAUGCAAAAAAGCUUUCCAUGUAUGGAGUUGACCUUCACCAAGCCAAGGACUUGGAAGGCGUGGAUAUCACUCUGGGAGUCUGUUCCAGUGGCCUUCUUGUUUACAAAGAUAAACUGAGAAUCAACCGCUUCCCGUGGCCCAAAGUCCUGAAGAUUUCCUAUAAACGCAGCAGCUUUUUCAUAAAGAUUCGGCCAGGGGAGCAAGAACAGUAUGAAAGUACAAUUGGCUUCAAGCUACCAAGUUACCGGGCAGCAAAGAAGCUGUGGAAAGUAUGUGUUGAACAUCACACCUUCUUCAGGCUGACUUCCACCGAGGCCAUCCCAAAGAGCCGGUUCCUAGCGCUGGGCUCCAAGUUCCGCUACAGCGGCCGGACGCAGGCGCAGACGCGGCAGGCGAGUGCCCUGAUCGACCGGCCCGCACCCCAGUUCGAGCGCACGGCCAGCAAGAGAGCGUCCCGCAGCCUGGACGGAGCUAAACGUGCGACUCAAAAGGUUGAGUUCAGAACCGUAGAGGAAGAGAAGCAGAAGGAGGUGGUGGUGGUUGAGGUUCCUGAACCAAAACCUGCGGAUCAGAUCCGAGAGAAGCCAGCUAAACACACUCUUGAAACUUUUGAAAUGAAACCCAUUGCAGAGGAGGAAGAGGCGGAGAAGGUAGAGGUGGUUAAGGUUCCUGUUGCCAGGCCACAGUCAGCGAAGCUGCUGCAGCCGCGGUCAGCCAAACGUGAUCUUGGCAGUAUUGAGAUAAGCCCAAUUGAAGAGGAGGAGGAGGAGGAAGAAGAGAAAAUGAUGGUGGUGAGAGAACUAGAGCCGUUGCCGAAGGAGUCAGCAGUGGCUGUGAUAACCCCAGAGCGGAGUCCCCGGCCCACCUCAGCCCCGGCCAUCGCUCAGAGCCACGCUGCAGAGCCAGGCCCAGCUAAGCCUGACCUGAAGGACGUGGCCACAUCUAAAGCAGGGAAGGAAACAGCGAAAUCUGAUGUGCGAUAUGAAGAAUUUCCACCGGAGAAACCCAAGGAGCCAGGGGAUGUCUCAAGGAAGAGAUCAAAGAGGCUAGAUGGUGAAAACAUUUAUAUCAGGCAUAGCAAUUUAAUGUUGGAGGAUUUAGAUAAGACGCAGGAAGAAAUAAAGAAGCACCAUGCCAACAUCAGUGAGCUGAAGAAGAACUUCAUGGAGUCGGUCCCCGAGCCCCGGCCGAGCGAGUGGGACAAGCGUUUGUCCGGCCACUCGCCCUUCCGCAGCCUCAACGCCAACGGGCAGAUCCCCACGGCGCCGGACGGAGUCAAGAAAGUCACUGUCCCAUCUUCUGAGAGACAGGUUGGUGGGCUUGAGAAAAUGAGUGACUUUCUCUCCCAAGAGGAUGUGGCUGCAGUGGCAGAGUGGAGCAGUUUUAACACUGGCUUUGCGUGGGAGGGCUCAAAGCGGUCGGUAGUUUUUAGUGAGACUCCAGUGCCACCCACGUCACAGCCUUCUCCCAGCUGGCACUUUGGUGCUUCCUCCCUAAGCAGCGAGGAGGAGGAGGAGAAAGAGGAGGAGGAGCAGGAGGAGGCGGUUCCCAGCGAGGAGGACCUGACGUGUGGAGAGGGGGUUUGUGUGGAUGUGGAGGAUGACUCGGAGCUCUCCGAGCUGGAGCCCUGCCCCAGCCCUGCCACACUCCCCCGGCAGCCCUGGGCAGGAGAGGAGGAGGAGGUGGCAGAGGAUGCUGAAGACAGCUUUGCCUUUAGAAAGGCACGUGCCGAGUGUCCCAAGGCAGAUGCUCCUAAGGGGCUGCCGGAGCUCAUUCGCUGCUUCCAGCCCCCACUAGUGAAGACACAGACUGUCACCAUCUCUGAUGUGUCCAGCGCCAUCAAAAGUGAAAUUCCCACAAAAGAAGUCCCUAUUGUCCACACGGAGACAAAGACCAUCACCUACGAAGCUGCACAGACAGAUGGUGGCAAUGGGGAUUUAGACCCUGGCAUCCUGCUGACUGCCCAGACCAUCACUUCAGAAACCACCAGCAGCACCACCACCACCCAGAUCACCAAGACUGUGAAAGGUGGCAUUUCAGAGACACGGAUUGAGAAGAGGAUUGUCAUCACAGGAGAUGCAGAUGUAGACCAUGACCAGGUCCUGGCACAGGCAAUCAAGGCUGCCAAGGAGCAGCACCCAGACAUGUCGGUGACCAAAGUGGUUGUGCACCAGGAGACAGAGAUCGCAGAGGAAUAGCCGGGCUGUGAAAUGUUCCUGCCCGUGACAACACCAGGAAAAAGAAACCCAGCAAAACUACCAUGAAAACACCUGGAGCACAAAGACCUCGGAUUUCAGACUUGACACUCAGAGACAUUCAUAUCAUUUAUUAAGAGUUGCGCUUUGACAUUUUACUUGGGAUUUUUCCAGACUCCACUGGAUCCUAUUUGACAUAGGGUUUUGUUUUGUUGUUGUUUUUUGUUUUUUUUUUUUUUAUUAUUAUAUAUCUAUUGUGACAGAAAUAUGCCAUAUUUCUAACUGUACUGAAUAUUUUUUACAGGUUUUCAGUUUUGCAUUCCUUCUCACGCAGAGCCUCUUCAGACACAGAAUCCCAGCUUGCAGGGCUCCAGGGCUCCCUGUUUUAACUUGUGUUCCCUCUGCCUCGUCAGGGAUAACGGAGCUGGAUCCGUGCAUGUUCCGUGCAGGAUCCGUCUGCGCCUUCACAAAGCCAUGGGUCCUUCUUCCAGGAGAGUCAGUUUAAAGAUUGGACUUUGUGCAGCAUUUCCAAUUGCUUCUGAUUAUUUUUGUAGUUCUGGGGAGCUCCAGUCCCACUGCAACCCCUGGGCUGCUCCGAGCUCCCUUCCCUCUGGGUUCCAGCCCUGACGUGUGAUCACAGUAGGGUUUUGUGGUGUUACCUAUGCACACAUCUGAAUAGUUGACUAGAGUUAAGGAAUACUGGAAGUCGCUUCAAAUAUCUUAUACUGUGAAUUUUAGAGCUUUAAGAGGACUGUGAUAGCAUCUCACCUUCUUCCCGUGUGUCUCUACCGAGUGCUCCCCACCUGUUUGUGUUUUCUAGAUGCCAUUAAAUUAAAAAGCCCUUAGAAGUGUGUAUUUAAGGUGUUUGGACUCGGGAUGCUAUUAAGGUAGGCUUGUGCAGCAUUCACAGGAACUGAGCUUCUUGGUGUCAUAGUUUUUCACUUGUUUGUGUUCAUGAUUUUUAAAUUAGGGAGGGUUUUGUUUUGUUUUUGUUUGUUUUUUUUUUUAAGUCUUGGGUUGGGUUUUUUUCCUCCCCUCACAGUGCUAUUUAAAGGUGAAUAUGUUACCCAUUUCCAGAGCAUGUAUCCCACUAUCAUUUAAACUCCUUUAAACAAUUCUUCCUAGGCCUGCAAGCUGUAUUUGGAGAGGCUGAACAAGGAAUUUUAGGAGGUGUCAGGUGUUGCUGGUUGUGAUAGAGCCAAACCACAUGGGAAGUGUUGACAUUCACUCUUCCAUGCUGGCCUGAGGGUCUGGAUUUGGCUUCAUGACCCCUUUGCUGGAAUGAAAUACCAGGAUGAUUGUCUGAAUCUUGAGGCUGAACUUACAGACCCCCAGGGCCAUCUCCAGCACAGAGGGUGUGAUGCAAAAACAUUAUUUCAGGGGCUGGGUGUGCUCCCACUGCUCUCUCAGCUCAUGGGAAUGUUCCUGCCUGGUUUGUCUUUCCACCAUUUAAGUUCAAGAUUCAAGAAGCAAAAAAUUAACCAAGCUCUGUAAAGAGUCUGCCCAGACAUUUGUGAACACUUUAGUCCACUUGAGGUUGUGGUUUUAUUUUUUUUUUCAUGUAUACAUAUACAUAUAUGAAUAAUGUGGCACAGUGGUAGCUGAUGGCAGGGAGUGCUCUGCUCCUCAGGUGAGGUUGGGAAGAAAAUGGCAAUAAAGAAAAAAACUCUCCAGUUUUAAAUUUGAAUAAUGUAUUUCAGAAGUCACUGGAUUUUGCUCAGGCUGCAAUGACUCCACUGUUUAGCUGCAAACAGCUCUGGAACUGCACUGGGGCUGGUGCAGCUUCUCAGCCUCAGGUGCAAUUUUAAUUAAGCUGUCAGUAUUGAUUGGAGACUCUGCUGGAGCUGCUGGAUUUUGGCUCUCUUUGAGCCUUGCUGGCCCUGAGUCCUGCUCAGCCUCCUCUGCUGGCAGCUGCCUCUGGCUGCUCUGGCGCAGGGUCCCUCCCGGGACGCUCUGCCUUCCUCAGGGCAUCGCUCUGGGGAUUUAGGGACUGCUGGGCUGUAGUGCAGAGAUUGUCUUCCUGUCCAUGUCUGGAAAUUGCUGUCCUUCCUUCCUCUGCCACGCUGGCCCUGGCAGGGUCUGUGUCUCUGCUGUCCUCAACUCAGUUGGGUAAUGCUUGCCUUAAACGCCCAUCGUGCUGAGCACCCUCUGGCAAUGUCCUUUUUCUGGGAAUUGAGUUCUUUGCCACUCACUCCUUUCUUCUCACUUGCAGCAGCCCCCUGAGGAGGGAAGAGGCACGUGGAGCAGUGGCUAGGAGGAUUUCUGGGCUUUACCUGGCAGAGCCACUGUCAUAAAUUCAGUUUGUCCGUAGCACUUAAAGGCACUUGGCUGUCAGGAGAAUUUAGGGAAAUGUCGUCCCUGGGUGUUCCCUUGGGAUGUCCCAUGCCCUGAGCACCAUGAGCGGGACAAAACACACCAAGCAGGGGAUUUCUGGGGUGAGAAACCUGCUGCCGGGAGGGGUGUCUCCUUUCCAAAAGAUUUGCUCACUUUGGCUGCAGAUGUCCCUUGUUAAAGGGCCCAUAGACUAGAGUAACCCUGUUUUUCUUUUUUCCCUGGAUUUUGGGUGGCAGGUUGUCCAUUUUCACACUUCCCCCUGCUGAGUUCUUGCUUCUCCUGGAGUAAUUUAUACAAGUCUUGGCCUCAUGUGCCCUUUGCUAUCACCUGUCUGACCUCAGGGGUUUCCAGCCCCGCUCCUGCCAACACAGUGCCCGAGUCAGGAGCUGGACAGGAGCCUGGGAAGAAGAUACAAGUUAAAAGCAGAAGAAGCUUCUCUCACCCUCAGCCAAGGCUGUGGUGGGGCUGCCCACUCCCACCUCUGGUGGGAUUUAAAAUCUUUGCCUCUGAGCAUGCUGUGUCAGCUCAAGGGACAAGCCAGCUAAGUAAGGUCUAUUUAUAUGAAUGUUCCCAGCUCUUCCCACUCCACAAAUUCACCCAGAGACUGUCUUGAUUGUAUAAUAUACAUUAUAUGGAAGCUAUUUAUAUAUGAAUGAAUGUUUUUAUAGAAAGGAAAGCAAGGAGCUCCUGUUCUCCUCCAUUAAACUGGAAUGGCUGCUCUGGUUGCCCAGUAGCAAUCCCUGACCAACAGAGAUGUGUUAGCAGAGGACUGACUGAUUUCUGGUUUUAAUAAACUGUGGUUUGCUGAUUUUCCUAAUUGUACAAUUACCGUAAGAGGUGGUAGUGUCCCAGCCUUAGAUAUGAAACUUGUAAAAAACUAAAAAAAAAAAAAAUUUAGUUGAGAAGAUGAAGGACUUUGUAAAAUUUAAGGUGAUUGUGAAUUGUCUAGGUUAGGCGUUUACACUUUAUAAAAAUAGGAACUUUUAAAGUUGGCAAAACUUUCUAGAUCAACUAGUGAUGGGAGCUGUUAUUUUGGAUUUUCAUAGUGAAUCAAAGGGAAAGUUGCCGUAGCAAUUAGGCACACCUAAGUGUUCAGUACUGCUUCUUGUAUUGCAUUUUUCAAUAAAUUUUCAAACAAAA